AUGGGCAACUCCUCCAGGAAGGGAGGGGGAGAAGAAGAGGAGGAAGAGGGGGGGAAAGAUGGCGAAGAGGCAGAAUUUUCCGAGAAGGAGAAGGAAGUAGUGCAGGAAGUAGAGGAGGAACUUCCGCUUGGAGUGGAGGAGUUGCUGGAGAGUGGAGACCCCGUGUUGGACUUGAGCUACCGUAAAUUUAAGCGUUUGCCUUCACGUGUUUGUGACCUGAUGCAUCUGGAGAAGCUUUAUGUUUGUGGAAACAGCCUGCGCACCCUGCCCGACAGCAUCUCCCAGCUGCAGGGUCUGCGGAUACUUGCCCUCGACUUCAACAAAAUAGAAGAUGUUCCUCUGGCCGUCUGCGACCUCACUAACCUCACCCGCCUCUAUUUGGGCAGCAACCGCCUAAUGAGCUUUCCACCUGAGCUGAGCAACCUGCAGAAUCUGCGGUGCUUGUGGAUGGAGAGCAACUACUUCCAGAGAUUCCCACGAGUGCUCUAUGACUUACCCAACCUCAAGUCCCUGCAGAUGGGGGACAACCGCCUGAAGACUCUGCCUCCUGACUUGUGGCGCAUGGAGGCUCUGAGGGGAUUGUGGCUCUACGGAAACCGCUUUGACACCUUCCCAAAAGUCCUUCUUCGAAUGAAGUCCUUGGAGAUCCUAGACCUGGACCGCAACAAGAUAUCAGAAAUUCCCAGCCUGAAGCGUCUCAGAGCCCUGCGCCUUUUCUCCUAUGACCACAACCCAGUCAAGGAACCUCCUAUAGUAGGUGAAGACGCCGUCUUGGUUGGGGAGGGAGCUGCAGAGUUUUUGGAGAUGCGUGAGGCCAGGAAGGAGAGACAACGAAAGGCAGCAGAGAAAGAGGCAGAAGAGCUGGCACUUGCAGGAGAGGAGCCGGUGAUUCAUGGCAUCCUCAAGAACAGCAGCUCAAAGCAAGCACCAAAUGAAGCUGCAGUGACCAUAGAGGACACAGAUGUUAAAGAGGAAGAGCUUCUGGUGAAGGAGGAAGAAGUGGAGGAUGAAGUGGAGGAAGAGGAAGGAGGGUAUGUGGAGCCUCCAAUAAACGAGUAUGGCGGGACUGAGCUCGAAUAUGACGAAGAGGCGGUCGAAUAUGAGACAGAGGAGCUGAUAUGUGAGGGAGAAGGGUUUGAGUUUGAGGGAGAGGAGCUAGAGUAUGAGAGGGCUGAGAUGGACUAUGAGGAUGUGGAGGAGUUGGAUGACACAGGGAGACAAGAUGAAGGGGCGUGA